AUGAUUCUUUCUGCUAUGUGGACUUGCUCAGUUUCUGGGUUACACACUCUUCUCCCUAAACCGAUUUCAUCAAGAAAACAAUUUGGGAGCAGAACAAGUUCACAGUCAUUUUCCUCCACUGCCUUACAAGUCAUCUCUCAAACAAGCUUACCCGUUCUUGUUGUUCAUCCCCGUUCUUCAUUACUUGUCUCAAGCCAUCUCUCACCAUCAGACAUCCCUCAGAAAUCAGAAGAAUGGUUUGCUCUAAGGAAAGACAAGCUAACCACGAGCACGUUCAGCACAGCGCUCGGCUUCUGGAAGAAGAACCGUCGCUCUGAGCUCUGGCACGAGAAAGUAUACGACUCGGAGUCACGAGUCGUGGAUGAUUCCGCCAGGUUUGCUAUGAACUGGGGUGUACAGAUGGAACCAGCUGCGAUAGAGAGGUACAAGAGAAUCAUGGGAUGCGAGGUGGGCUCAAUGGGGUUCGCUCUUCACUCUCAGGAACAGCUUCACUGGCUCGGCGCUUCGCCGGACGGAGUCCUCGAUUCCGGUAUCCUAGAAGUGAAGUGUCCGUAUAACAAAGGGAAAACCGACACUGUGUUGCCCUGGUCGAAAGUCCCGUUCUACUACAUGCCUCAGAUGCAGGGCCAGAUGGAGAUCAUGGACCGUGAGUGGGUCGACUUGUACUGCUGGACGCAGAACGGGAGCUCGGUUUUCCGCGUGGUGAGAGACCGGAGCUACUGGAGGAUCAUACAUGAGGUGUUGAGGGAGUUUUGGUGGGAGAAUGUGAUUCCGGCGAGGGAGGCUUUGUUGUUAGGGAAAGAUGAUGCGGAGGUGAGAAAGUAUGAGCCAUCGUCUACGCAUAAGCGAACGGGGCUUGCUAUUGCUAAAAGCAUUAGUUUGGCUGCUGGAUCGAAACUAGUAUGCAGAGAAAUCGCUGAUCAUGUUGAGUUCUUUUAG